AGAGAGCCGCCAAGAAGAGAAGGAAGGGAGAAGCGCAGCGAUGGAGGCAGUGGCCAGAAGCGGACGAGGGGUUUGGGAAGGGCUCUAUCGCGUCCUCAUGCGCCGCAACUCCGUCUACGUCACCUUCGUCGUCGCUGGUGCCUUCCUCGGCGAACGCGCUGUGGAUUAUGGAGUUCACAAGCUAUGGGAGCACAACAAUGUUGGGAAGAGGUACGAGGAUAUUCCAGUCUUGGGGCAAAGACCAUCUGAAUGAAGCACAGUGAGCAGUAACAUCUCUUUAACAUUUGCUCUGAAUAAGAUCUUUCAGCACCAAUAGCGAUACUCAUUUUGUUCCCUUUCUCAGUUUGAAAUAUGAUUCUACUGUCUUGAAUCCAGAUGGAACAGUAAAUCAUAACAUUCCUUAAUUUGAUGUCACACUCUUGUAGUUAUUCUUGGUGUUUCAAGAAAUAAAUCUUUCCUUUUUUUUUGUUCUGGUA